CUGCCACUGCCACUCUGACCCAGUGGUGUAAGCAAAAAUAAUAGCGAGAGGUUGGUUGGGAAGGUGGCAAGAAAGUAUACAAGAAGUCAGCAAACAAUCUGUGACUAGCAGGAGCAACGAUAGAAGGGACUGUUGCGCACUUUUCAAGACGAUUUCUGUUUAUACAGAUGGAUCUGCCUCGUCCAGAGCUCUUUGACUUCCAUGGUGUCUCAAUGACGCAUUACUUUACGGACAACUGGGAAAAUGUCCAGAACUUCAAAGCCAGACCAGACGACAUCGUCAUUGCCACUUACCCCAAAGCAGGCACCACCUGGGUCUCUUACAUUCUUGACCUGCUGUAUUUUCGCCAGACAUUACCUGAGCGUGAGACCACUGUCCCGAUCUAUGACAGAGUGCCUUUUUUGGAGUUUUUCAUGCCAUCCUUUUCAGGAACAGACAUGGCGGAUAUGCUGACUACUUCCCCUCGCAUCAUCAAAACUCAUUUGCCUGUUCAGUUCAUUCCCAAAUCCUUCUGGGAGCAGAACUGCAAGAUUGUCUAUUGCGCUCGCAAUGCCAAAGACAAUGUUGUGUCCUAUUUCCACUUUGACCGCAUGGACAGUGGACAACCUGAGCCAGGAGACUGGAGCAGUUUUCUACAGAGAUUCAAAGACGGAAGGAUGGUGUUUGGCUCCUGGUAUGACCAUGUGUGUGGCUGGUGGGAUAAGAAACAGAUGUACUCUAAAAUACACUACAUGUUCUUCGAGGAUCUGGUGGAGGACACUGGACGAGAGAUUAAGUGCCUUUCAUCAUUCCUUGGUUUGUCCACGUCAGAAGAAGAGAAGGAAAAAAUCAGAAGAGACGUUCAGUUUGACGUUAUGAAGGCAAACCGUGUGACUAAUCUCACUAACGAGACAUCACUAGACUUCAGUGUCUCUCAGUUCUUGAGGAAAGGGAAAGUCGGGGACUGGAAGAAUCACUUCACUGUUGCUCAGAAUGAACAGUUUGACCAACACUAUAAGCAGAAAAUGAAGAACACCACCCUCCAUUUCCGGACAGAGGUGUAAGGCUGAGAUGGCACUGAUCCGAUACAGGAUAUCUAUGUGUGGCCAAUAUCAACAGAAAAUGCAGAAUCAGAGGGUAAAAAAGAAUAAUUCAGGUCCCAUCCUGUAACAAAUCUAGCCUGAAAUAGUACACACUCCCAUUGUGUGAUGUGUUGUUGCUGGCUGUGUGUUUCUUCUGGUGGGGCAGUAGAGUGUUUGGAACAGUUUGAGCAUGAUAGGCUACUUAAAGCUUCAUCUUAAAGCUACACUAUGAAAGUUUUGGUGAUUUGGAGUUGAGGAAAUGUUUAAUUGCAUACGACGUGCAGAAGAACAUUUUGUAACAUAGGCUAUGCUUUGGACCUCUUCCCUGAGCAGAAGAAUCUAAUGAUUGCGAGCACAUUGAAAGAGUAUUCAAAGACAACUCGGGUAAAACGUGGUGCAGGAUGUUUGUUCCGAGGAUGUAAGUAAAUGAUCUAAGAGACCUAAACAUCGAGGCUGACCUUCUUGUUUAAGCCUUGAUGUUAAUACAGUAAGCAGUAGAGCAUCGUCCGAAAAACUCCCUUGAAAUCCAACCUGACACCUCUCACUUUUAAAUAACUAUUCUAUUUUUCAGGUGGCUUGAACAGUCACCAUAACUUAGUGUGUCUUUUUCUCCUGACUCAGUAGUGCUACUUCUUUUAAUUUUACCAAACAAAUCUAACAUAGUGCAGCUUUAAGAGAAGUGUGUCAAUUAAAAAUGGGUGUUGUGCCAUCUCUUAUUUAAGGCAGGAGGAAAUUGUCAUAUUGUUAUAUUGUUUGUUGGGUAUUCAACUCCAGGCCUGGAGUCCAGCACUGUGUCCGGCACAGUUUGGCUCAGGCACACCCACUAAACCUGGAAAUGAACAGAUGAGUCGAGUCAGCUGUGUUUGACCAGGGAAGCCUGCUCUUCAGGUCUGGAGUUGAAUACCCCUGUUGUACAUUAUAUGUUGACCCAUAUUGUUGACCCAAUUCAUUGAAGCACACCUUUUUGACUCUAUACUGUAAGGAAAAUGAGUAAAUUACUUUCAAGAUUAAAAUAAAAUCACUCAAUAUUGAAACAAAA